AUGUUCGUCCUCCCUCCGCCGCCGCGGUAUCCCUCCAACGGGCCCUACCACCCUGGCGGGCUCAGCGGCGUCGUGCCCAUGAUCGAGACCAACAAUACCCUAUCGAACCCCACCGGCCCCGAAUGGCAGUUUCUGGUGGGAGAAGGGACUUACGUCCUGAAGGAGGACCUGCAUCUCGCGACGCCGCCGCCGCAUCCCUCGGAGGCGCCCAUCGUCAACCCGAACCCUCUGGCGACCAAUCCCCAGCCGGCAGCCGCCGGGACUAGGCUAUCGCUCGUCAGCCUCGAUGUUCGGCCGCCGCCCUUCUCUUACAAGGGCCCGGCGGAGAGGACUCUUUCGCUUGGCGGCACGGGCUCGAGCAUACAAGAACACCCCAGCGAGGCCCGAAAAUCGACCGAAGGCGCUUUGAGCAGCGAGGAUGGCCGGGCGGGCUCCAGCAGCGAUGUUCCGACAGCCUCCAUUACGCUCGGCUCCGCCCCUGCCUUUGGCGAGGGCAACGCUUUCCUGACGACGACGCCGUCCAAGGACGUGAACAAGAGGAAAAAGCCAAAGAACAACGUCACCAAGAGCAAUUCGUCCUUCAUAUCGCGAGUCAUCGUCAAUGAAAACCUGUCCAAGCGACUGACAGAUCGACCGACGGAUGGCAUAUUUGCAUUCGGAAAUGUCAGCCGCUCUUUCCAGUGGAUGGACCUCUCGUCUCCCAAUAAGCAAGACUAUUUGACCAAGAUUUUAUUCACAAAAGCGCACUGCUUGUGCCAUGACGUCAACAAGACAACCAAGAGCGCAUCGCAUAUGGACGUCAUCAUGGGGUUCUCAACUGGCGAGAUCAUCUGGUGGGAGACCAUCUCGCAGCGAUAUACACGUCUCAACAAAAAUGGCAUAAUCAAUAGCACACCCGUCUCGGAAAUUAUGUGGAUUCCGGGGUCCGAGAACCUCUUCCUCGCAUCCCACAUGGACGGGUCUUUGGUGGUUUACGACAAGGAAAAGGAUGACUCGCAGUUCAAUCCCGAGGACGAAGGGUCCAGUAUCAACGGUAGCGAUGCCGGAGACACGGCGAGCGCUGUUCACCAUGGCACCAAGAUGCAUAUCCAGAAGUCGGUCCAUUCCAAGAACCAGAAGACGAACCCAGUGGCAGCGUGGAAGCUGUCUAACCAACGGAUCAACGCAUUUGCCUUCUCGCCGGAUAACCGCCAUCUAGCCGUGGUUAGUGAAAACGGGACGCUCAAGAUUAUCGACUAUCUCCGGGAAGAGCUCCUGGAUCUCUUCAACUCGUACUACGGCGGGCUGACUUGCGUGCGUUGGACGCCCGAUGGCAAAUACGUCUUGACGGGGGGACAGGACGAUCUGAUUUCCAUAUGGUCUUUGGCAGACUCGGCCUUGGUGGCAAGAUGCCAGGGCCAUCAGUCGUGGGUUUCUGCCCUGGCAUUUGACCCGUGGCGCUGCGAUGAUCGAAACUACCGAUUCGGCAGCGUGGGAGAAGACGGGCGACUGUGCCUGUGGGACUUUGGCGUCGGCAUGCUGCAUCGACCAAAGAACGCGCGACAGCGAAUGUCGGUCUCGUCGCCGUCUGGAAUGGGGCAGCGCACCGAUUCGGCCAGCCUUGGCUGCUUUCGAAUGCGGUCCAACUCGGGGGUUGACGGUGACGACGAAGGAGACGGCAUAUUCCACCCGGUAGAGCCGCGAGCACGGAUUCCCAUGCUGCCACCAGUCCUGACGACGGCAAUUGAUUCCCACCCGGCGUGCUGGCUGGAGUUUACCGAAGAUGCCAUCAUAACAAGCUGCAAAUCAGGCCACGUCAGGACCUGGAGCAGACCAGGUAAAGGUGCGGCAGCAGCGAGUCCAGAUGACAGAGCCGAGGCAUGA